UUUUAAAGCGUCUAAAUAACAUUGAUAAAAUAUUUUGUUGCCAUCAACGCCAGGGGAACUUCUACGUUGUUGCAAAUUGAAAUUGCAAUGUUUGAUGUUGCUCUGAAAAGUGCUGGAGCGCAGGUUGUGUUAGCGACUUCUAGCGAUGGGAAUUAUCCACCUGAAAACAUCAUUGACGGGGACCAGGAAACAUUUUGGGCAUCAACUGGUCUUUUUCCACAAGAAUUCAUCAUAACAUUUCCUUCUAUGAUGAGUAUACAGCGUAUUGAAAUAGCAUGUUAUAAUGUAAAGAACAUUGCAUUUCAAACCAGUAAAGAAACUGAUCCAACAAAUUUUGAAGAUUUGAUGGAAAAGGAACUUGAUUCCACAGACAAUUCUCUUCAGCAAGAGGAAUUCCCAGCAAAUAAUAAAAGAGCCACUCAUAUGAGAGUCACCAUAGAAAGUGGUUAUGACCACUUUGUAUCUGUGCACAGACUCAGUAUCAAUGGAAAUGCUGUUCAUGGAUGAAUGAAUAUUUUUACAACUUCAAAUUGUUUUUCCUCAUUUAUUUGAUAAAUUGCAUCUCUGUUAAAAUUUAUCUUUGUGUACAUACAUUUACUUGUAUUUAAAUUGAAAUAAAGUAGUGAUAUAAGUAUCAAAUUGAA